AUGGUUGAUAUAAACAACAGUGAUAAGAUGUAUGUACAUUUCACAAUGGUUUCUAUUGAGAAGUUAACAGAAGCUCUAACUGAAGAAGAGAGACAAGACCUUGGUCCUACGGAUAUAUUAUUCGAGGCUCUAAAUCUCCCAAACUACCCUGGGCGUGUUAGGAGUUAUGGUUUUGGGGUUUCUUCUAAGGACGUAUUACCACGCUACAGUCGCCCCACACAAAUGGACUUUCAAAAAUUGUAUGGCUUUUGCAACACACUCAAAAGUAGAUUGGAGGUGCUAGAGAGAGAGAAGCUGGAGAGAGAUAAGUUGGAUAAAGGGAAGCUAGAUAGGCAACAAACUAAAACAGUGGAAGAGAGGCAGCAACCUCAACAAGUGUUAGAGAAGUUGCAACAGUCUGAAAAAGUGGCACAAAGGCAACAACCUGAAAAAGUGGCAGAAAGGCAACAACCUGAAAAAAUAGCAGAGAGUCAACAACCCAGUGAUAAAGGUUCUUGUAACCCUGAAUCACUUGACAACAUUCUUGAGGGUAUCUUUCCUGUUAAUAUAUAUUUAUCAUCCCCGGUUCGUUGUUUGGUUGCUCGUGGCAAACUAUAUAACACCAAAGGUAACAUGGUGCACGGCAUGACGUUACCACCUGGGUAUGUUAAGGUUAAUAUUGAAGUUGCUAUUGUGCCAUAUGCUUCAUUGCCUAUAUCUGUUGAUGGUGGAGAUGUAUCUCUGGUUGGUCAUGCAAUAGGAACAAUUGUGCCAUGGCCAAUGAAACUUCUUAAAUUUGCUGCUGAAUGUGAAAAGAUUCCUGAUCAAUCCCAAAUCAAAGGUAAUAAUAUUCAACGCAAUGUUGAAUAUUCAGUUUCAUCACCUAACAAAAGCAACAAAAGGUUCAAAAUUGAAGAGUCUCCUAGAGUUGGCGGUUCAACUGGUCUUGCAAAUUUACCAUUCCUUGAUAUGUAUGUGAAAAAGAUGAUGAGGGUUGGAUCGUUAAUUGAAAUAAAAAUGGAGGAAAGUAUAUUUGGUGAAGAGUUUUUAGAGAAGCUACUUGUAGAGAGUAUAAAAAAGAUUCUUGAUCAUAAUUGGUUAAGUGCAUCUAUUAUCACUGUAUUUGCCAGGUAUUUGUAUGACAAGUUUAUUAGUCCAAAUGGAUUAAUAAAUAAGUUCUCCUUCAUUUCCCCACAUGUAUCACGGGAGAAUAAUCUAGGAAAUGCUAUAGCAAAAAUACUCUUGAAAGAUGAGGAGUUCAAGGAUAAGAUGAUUCUUGCACCUUGCAAUCUAGGGAAACAUUGGGUGUUGCUUGUCAUCAAUCCCGAUGCUGAGGUUAUAUAUUACAUGGAUCCCGCUUUGCAAAUUUAUCGUGCCAAUAGUAAUUCUAAAGUGCCUAAAGUGUCCAAGUCAAAGAAAAUUUCAUGGCAAAAAAUAAAGUGUCCCCGACAAAUUAAUAGCAUUGAUUGUGGAUAUUUUGUAAUGCGGUUUAUGAAAGAGGUCAUCAUGGAAAAUGAAAUUAUGAUCCCUGCAAAUUACUUUUCUGACCACAAAUGUCGCACCUACUCUCAUGAUAAGUUAACUGAGGUCAAGGAGGAUUGGGCUACCUAUAUGGUGGAUGAUGUUUUCGUUGGAUUAGAGUUAUCAUAUAAAUAA